AUGACAAAUUAUUUGGAAGCCACGAAUCACGGUGAUGUUCAAUUGCACUUGGCAACAAAAGGGAUUAUGAUACAGAUUGAUCAAUUAAACGACUACAUCUCAGUAAUUGAUCUAUCAUCCAAUCACCUUCACGGAAACAUUCCAAAAGAGAUAACACUGCUUUCUUCGCUUAAUUUGUCCCGUAAUCAUUUCUCUGAUGAUAUCCCAGAAAGUAUUGGAAAUUUGUCCGGGCUACAGUCUUUGGAUAAACUGUCUGAGCGUAUUCCACAAUCUUUAGCAGUAAUCGAAACUCUUGCGAAAAUGAGUUAUUGUGUGGAUAUCCUACAAAAAAAAGUUCGCAAUGACGAUGCUAAUCCUGCAAAUGAGUUAGAUGAAGCCGAUCAAGAAAAUGCAAAAGAAAAGUUGUUGGUAUAUGAUAUUGUUGCUUUGGGGUUUGCAGUUGGAUUCUGGGGUCUUUUCUUUGUUUUGUAUCUAAAGAAACAUAAAUGGUGGUUUCCGUACUGGAGAAUUGUUGAUUACGUUGUUGUUAAAAUAAUGGAUUAUAUCCAGUAA